AUGGCUCCAUCGAUCGUACUCUAUCUAGCCGUGCUAGAGACGGGAUCUGUUGACAUCAAUCAAGGCAAUGAUGAUGGCAUCACUCCACUAAUUCUAGCCUCGUUCUUGGGUCACUCGCACGUUGCGGAGACCCUGAUCGAAAACGGAGCCGAUGUAUCAAUGGUGACUGACGACGGGUCCACUGCCCUGCACGCUUGCGCUAUGGAGGGACACGUCGCCAUCGUGGAGUUGUUAACCAAGGCUGGUGCUGACCUCGAGGCCGUGACAUCUGCGGGCCGCACACCGCUUCAUACGGCUACACGCGAAGGAAAGUCUGAGUUGAUGAGAGCAUUGAUCGAGGCAGGCGCGAAUCCCCACACUCGAAUGCCAACCGGAGAGACAGCGCUGCACAUCGUGGCUGAAGAAGGACACUUGGACGCGAUAAGGGAGCUGCUUCGCGGUAAGGCGGACGCGUCGUUGGAUGCACCAUGUAUCUGCAUACAACCACCGUCAUCGUCAGGGUUCCCUGGCGUCCCACUGGACGUAGCUGCCAGCAGUGGGCACUCGGGAGUGGUGCGCCAUCUAGUCCAGGAACUUGGGAUUAAAGGGUGUAACCCUGAAAACGCCGGCAAACAAGCUCUCCUCCUCGCUGCAUCGAAACGCGACUUGGACACCUUGGCGAUCCUGACCGGAGCGGGCGCGGUCGAUACGUCGGGCUCAGCUCUCAUGUGUGCCGCUGAGGCAUCCUUCAAGCAUUUCUUGCGGCAGAGGCUCAAGGAAGAAAAAGGUGGCGUUGAGUAUGCAUCCAUCAACGACCGUAUCAGUAGCGGCCUCACGGCCCUGGUUUUCAGUAUUCAGCGGUGCUUGUCGCAAACUCCCAGGAUCGUGCGGUUGCUCAUUAACGCUGGAGCGGAUACGACAUCGGUCAUUCGAGGCACGAACUCGGAGGGAGAGGUGCAAUGCAACGGUACGCCUCUGGCUCUCACAACGUCAUACCUCUGGGAGAAGAUUUUGGACAACGGCGAACCCGCCACGGAGGAGCACCUGCAAAGGCUGGAGGCUAUCCGUCGUUUACUGUUGCGAGCGGAGGCCGUCCAUGCUGUAUCUUGGCUGUGGCCAAGCGAUGCUUCCUUCGUCGGCCAUGCUGCGGAAAAAUGGCCCCGAGCCGCCUUUGCCACCACUUAG